AUGCCAAAUGCUAACAUGGCCCAGGUUAUCUUCACCCAGCUCAUUGAGAAAGUGCAUUCGCGCCCAAAUGACGGGUGCCGCACUCUCAUUCUGGCUCAUCGUCGUGAGCUAGUGGAACAGGCUGCCCGGCAUUGUCAACUGGCAUAUCCAGACAAGACUAUUGAAAUUGAAAUGGGCUCGAUUCAUGCUUCGGGAACAGCAGACAUUACCAUCGCCAGUGUACAGAGCAUUACGUCUAGGGACCGUUUGGAAAAGUUUGAACCCUCCAAAUUUAAAUUGAUCUUGGUGGACGAGGCCCAUCACAUUGUGGCGCCGGGAUACCUUAAGACUCUCAAGCACUUCGGACUGGACCAGAAGCAACAAGAUUCACCAACACUCGUCGGCGUGUCAGCCACAUUCUCCAGAUUCGACGGUGUCAAACUUGGUGCUGCGAUUGACGAAAUUGUCUACCACAAGGACUACGUUGACAUGAUUACCGAUAAAUGGCUCUCGGAUGUCAUUUUCACCACUGUCGAGUCUUCCGCCAACCUGUCCAAGGUAAAAAACGGUGCCUUUGGUGACUUUCAGACAGGGGAGCUAUCCAAGGUUGUCAACACCGACGAAGUCAAUGACAUUACCGUCAAAAGCUGGAUAGCCAAAGCCGGAGACAGGAAAAGUACCCUGGUUUUCUGUGUGGAUUUGGCUCACGUGUCUGGUCUUACACGCAAAUUUCGGGAAUAUGGGUACGAUGCUCGCUUCGUUACCGGCGACACUCCCAAGCAGGAACGAAGUGAGAUCCUGCAUGAUUUCAAAAAAGGAUGUUUUCCUGUUUUGGUGAAUUGUGGUGUUUUCACCGAGGGAACCGACAUACCGAACAUUGACUGUAUCGUUCUCGGCAGACCCACGAGGUCACGAAAUCUCCUUGUCCAAAUGAUUGGAAGAGGUAUGCGGCUUCACCCGGGUAAAAAGAAUUGCCACGUCAUUGAUUUGGUUUCAAGCUUGGAAACUGGCAUUGUAACUACGCCGACAUUAUUUGGUCUAGAUCCGAAAGAGUUAGUGGACAAGGCAUCAGUGACAGACAUGAGAAUGAUAAAGGAGGCUCAAAGAGAAGAAGAAGCGAGGCAGCAGGAAGCGCACUCGAAUGGGUCGAACUCGGCAACUAGCUCGGCCGACGCGGUUACAUUUACCGACUACUCCUCUGUGCUGGACCUAAUCGCCGACACGUCUGGAGAGAGGCACAUCCGCGCCAUCAGCCAGAAUGCCUGGGUACAGGUCGGUCCCGAAAGGUUCGUCCUCUCAGCUCCCAGCGGAUCAUAUAUCCGUAUCGAGCGAAUCCAGGAGCCAGUGACGACCUCAUCCCCGACAUACAGGGCACUCGAGAUCCGCGCUUUACCUGCUGGGUUGGCGAAAUCCCCGUUCGCUGCACCGAGAGAAAUCCUCACAGCUGCUACGUUUACCGACGCUGUUCACGGAGCAGAUAGUUAUGCAGCCAACGCAUUCCCUCAUAGCUUUAUACACCGGCACCAAUCGUGGAGGAAGCUGCCACCGACACAAGGGCAGUUAGACUUUGUAAAUAGAUUACGUGGAAAGGCGAAAGCGUUGACGGUGUCGGAUUUGACAAAAGGCAAGGCGGCGGACAUGAUUACAAAACUAAAGCACGGUGCUCGUGGGCAGUUUGCGAGGAUAGAAGCCGAGCAGCGCAGGAGAGAGAAGCAGACGAAUAUUUUGGAAACGAGACAGAACCGGGAGCGGGUCACGGUUGGGCCCGUCAUGGCAUAA